AUGAAGUUUUCUAAUCCAUUGGAAUUGAAGUUGUGUAUCACCAACUAUGCAGUAAAAAAUGGAUAUGAUUUAUGGUAUGAGAAAACUAAUCAUGAAAGGUUAUUGGUAAAAUGUUGUAAAGGUAAGACAAAUAAACAGGGUAAAGGUUGUCCCUUUAGGUUGUGGGCAACCUGUAUGAGCAAUGAAAAAUCAUUCCAGAUUAAAUCUCUGAAUGAUAUGCAUAAUUGUUCAAGAGUGUUCAAAUUUGGGUCCAUUGUUACCUAUAAAUGGAUAGCAAAGCAUUUCAUGAAUUAUAUACUUCAGAAACCAAAGAUGAGUAUAAGGAAGUUGAAAGCUAAAGCCAACAAGAAAUUUAAUUUGAUUGCAAGUGUUGGUCAAUGCAGACAUGCAAGGAAGUAUGCAUUUCAGGAGAUAGAGGGUACUUUGAAAGAGCAUUAUGCAAAAACAUGGAGCUAUGGAGAAGAGAUAAGAAUGACUAACCCUGGAUCAACAGUGAAGAUGGAUGUAGAUGUCAUGCUUGAUGGAACCACAUAUUUCUCAAAGUUUUAA